AUGCUUCCUGGAACAUCUCAGAAGCUAUGUGAAAAUGAUGAUAUUUCUGUCUUGACUAAGAAAGAAAUUAUUUUCCACUCCUUUCCUACAAAGUGGCAGGAUACUUUCCUUCAACAAAAAGAAACCAUUGAAGACCCCAACAUCACCUUGCAAAUGGUCAAAACUUACAUGCAAGCUACCAAGAUUUUAUCAGACAAUAUGCACAUCUCCAAACAACAUGCUCGUGAAAAGCCUCAACACACUGAAUACACCCAGAAUUCUCGUCAAGGAGAGAACCCUUUGGAGUUUCUCCCAAUCUUUUACAGAGGCCUUUUGUACCCGUCCUGUCAGAAACGCGAUUGGGACCAUAAUGUCUGGUCUGCAUCGCUUCGUGACCCACAGUAG